GCCAAUCUAGCAACUCUUUGCUUACGUUCCAGGGGCUCCAGAUUUUCUUCUGCAAUCUGAUAUUCCUGCCCUCUCAUCAAAGAGUUCUGCAAGUGAAAAUAGGUUCAAAGGUUUCCUGUGGCUCUCCAGGGUCAUUAAGACUAUCUUCUACUGAUCAUGCAGCUAUUGCUAAGAUUCCAACAGAACCGAGUCAUGUGGGCUUCCUGGUUAUCCUGCUAUCCACUGCACCUCCAUCCCCGGCAGAUGGUCCAACAGGCUUUCUUGGGGGCAAGAAAUCCAGAAAUGCCUGAGAAGUUUAACUUUGCAAAUGAUGUAUUGGAUCACUGGGCUCAUAUGGAGAAGGAAGGAAAGAAAGCCCUGACCCCAGCUCUGUGGUGGGUGAGUGAUAAAGGGAAUGAAGUGAAGUGGAACUACCAAGAGUUAUGUGAUUACACCCGCCAGGGGGCCAAUGUCCUCUCAAAUGCCUGUGGCCUUCAGCGAGGAGACCGGGUAAUUGUGAUUCUGCCCCGGAUUCCUGAGUGGUGGCUGGCAAUCACAAGUUGCAUACGAGCAGGUCUUGUAUUCAUUCCUGGUACCACUAUGCUAGUAGCAAAAGAUAUUCUUUAUCGGCUACAGACCUCAAAAGCCAAAGGCAUCAUAACCAAUGAGGCCCUGGCUCCAAUUGUGGAUGCAGUAGCACCUGACUGUCCUGCUCUUAAAGUCAAACUCCUAGUGUCAGAAAAUAAACGUGAUGGAUGGUUGGACUUCAGAACUCUACUACGGGAAGCCUCCACUGUGCACAACUGUGUAGAGACUACUUGUGCAGAAGCAAUGGCUAUCUAUUUCACCAGUGGGACCACCGGUGCCCCCAAGAUGGCUGAGCACUCCCAUGGGAGUCUGGGCUUCAAAUGCAAGUUAGAUGCUAGGGAGAGAAAUUGGAUUAAUUUGCAACCCUCAGAAACAAUGUGGGGUAUAACGGAUACAGGUUGGAUUCUCAACAUUUUGGGGACAUUUUUGGAACCCUGGAUAUCUGGAGCAUGCUCAUUCGUCCACCAUUUGAAAAAGAUGGACCCAAUGAUUAUCAUCAAGACUCUCUCCAGAUAUCCCAUCAAUGUUAUGAUAGCACCUCCUAUGCUAUAUCGGAUGCUGCUAAAACAAGAUCUCACCAGUUACAAGUUCCAAAGUCUUCACUCCUGCGUCAGCUCUGGAGAGACCCUCCUCCCUGAAACCCUGCAAAAGUGGGAGAUGCAGACUGGACUGAAUAUCAAAGAAAUCUAUGGACAGACAGAAACUGGAAUUCUUUGCAGGUCCAACAUAAAGGAAAGCAAACCUGGCUUCAUGGGAAAGGCAGUAUCCACUUACGAUGUCCAGAUAAUUGAUGAUAAUGGUACUGUCCUACCUCCUGACACAAAAGGAGAAAUUGGUGUCAGAAUCAAACCCAUCAAGCCUAUUGGCUUCUUCUCCGGUUAUGUGGAUAAUGCUGAGAAAACAGCCGCCAAUAUUACAAAGAACUUUUGGCGCACGGGGGACAUUGGAAUCAUGGACAAAGAUGGGAAUUUCCAGUUUAUCGGGAGAGCUGAUGACGUCAUAAACUCAAGGGGGUAUCGAAUUGGUCCCUCAGAGGUGGAAAAUGUCUUGAAUGAGCAUCCAGCUGUGGUAGAGUCAGCAGUUAUAAGCAGCCCAGAUGCCAACCAAGGAGAGGUAGUGAAGGCAUUUGUGGUAUUGACCCCUAAGUUUGAAUCGCAUGACCGUGAUGAGCUCAUUCGAGAGCUACAGCAGCAUGUGAAGACUUCAACUGCGCCUUAUAAAUACCCCAGAAAGGUGGAGUUUGUCUCAGUACUGCCCAAGACUGUCACUGGAAAAAUUCAACGGGCUAAGCUACGAGAGGAUGAAUGGAAGCACACAACUAGGACUCAUGGUGUCCUCACAUCCCAGUGACAUUAUACAAUGUGAUUUUCUAUCCCCAAAAAGAACAAAGUUCCUUUCCUACCUCAAUCCUAUUCAAAAACAGCCCUAAUCUGGUUAGAUUACUGAAUUAGGACAGGGGUGAAAUUCAUUAAAGGAUACUAACUCAAAUACAAUAAUACACCCCUUAACCUCCACAGUCCCUAUGGCAAUUAUUCAUAGUAAUCAGGAAUAUUCUUUCCUGGCAAGAAGCAGUAACUCAGAUCAAACUUCUGAACUUUGAGCAAUUUUUUUAAUAUAAUAAAAACUAUUUAUCUAAAACUAAAGCAAGCAUUAUAUACAAUCAAAACCCACUAGAAGUCUUUCUAAUCAAUAAGGAUAAAAUCUUUCCCUGCACUUAUUUGCAAGUCCUAGAAAUGUUAAUGAUGGCAAUAAGAGGAGAGAAAGAAGACAUAAAGAUAGGCAGAGGAGACAAAAUAGUACCUAUUCUCUAAUGAAAUUAUAAUUAGUUUAGAAAGUCCCAGGGAAUCAGCAAAGAGACCAAUUGAGACAAUAACCUCAGAAAAGUUACAAACUACAAAGUAAACCCACAAAAUCAACAUUUCUAUACAAGAACAAAAUUUAUAACAUAAUAAUAAAAAAGUUAAGUCCCAUUCAAAACAUGUACAAAAUGAUUAAAUAUUUAGGAAUAAAUCUACUAAAACACACUAAAUGCUUGUAUAGAUUCAAUUACAAAAUAAUCCUUAAAGAAAUAAAGAACUAUUUAAAUAGCUGAAGGAUAUUUAAUGCCUGUGGUUGAGUGAUAUAAGUGCAAUAAAACUGGCAAUACUGCCAGGGUUAAUGCCAAAGAUACAAUGCUAUGCCAGUCAAACUAUUAAAGAGAUACUUCAUUUGUUUUCUUUCUCUCUGGUUUCCCCAUUCAUUGAAGAGAAAAGGGGAAAAUAGAAACCUUUGUAACAAAUAUGUGCAGUCAAGAAAGAAAAAUCCUCUUAUUAUCCAUCACCAAAAAUGUAUUUUUCAUUCAGCAUCUUGAGUAUAUCAUCUCUCUGUCAGGGAAUCAGUUCAUCAUUGAUCCUUUAGAAUCAUGAUUGGUCAUUGAAUUGAUUAAAGUUCUCAUGUAUUGCAAA